GUUGAUGAGAUUUGGUUCAAAAUAAUACUCACCUCCGAAAGCUCAUCCACUUCAAAAUUCCAAUUCUUCUUCAUUUGAACCUAUACACGUUACAACAAAUAUGAGGGCCAUCUAACUUUGUCUCUAUUCCACCACGUAUUUAUCAACCCUUCCCAUUUUUCACUUCCUUCUGUUUCUAUUCCUCACUAGGAGUUUCUCUCCAUUGCUUCCUCUGCAUGCACACACUUGCAUAGUUUUCGAUACUAAGAAUUCCUGAAGGGUAACAUCAACAAGUUGUUCUGAAAAUGGAGGUCACCAAUGUCAGUGAGUAUGAGGCCAUUGCAAAGCAGAAAUUACCAAAGAUGGCGUUUGAUUACUACGCAUCUGGUGCAGAGGAUCAGUGGACUCUGCAAGAGAACAGAAAUGCCUUUUCCAGAAUUUUGUUUCGGCCUCGUAUUCUUAUUGAUGUCAGCAAGAUAGACAUGACAACCACUGUCUUGGGCUUUAAAAUAUCCAUGCCAAUCAUGAUUGCCCCAACAGCCUUUCAGAAAAUGGCUCAUCCAGAGGGAGAAUAUGCCACAGCAAGAGCUGCCUCUGCAGCUGGAACAAUCAUGACUUUGUCCUCGUGGGCCACUUCAAGUGUUGAAGAGGUGGCUUCAACAGGACCUGGAAUUCGCUUUUUCCAGCUAUAUGUGUACAAGGACAGGAAUGUGGUUGCUCAGCUUGUGAGAAGAGCUGAAAGGGCUGGAUUCAAAGCCAUUGCCCUUACAGUUGAUACCCCAAGACUAGGACGCAGAGAAGCUGAUAUCAAGAACAGAUUCACACUGCCACCAUUUUUGACAUUGAAGAACUUUGAAGGAUUGAACCUUGGAACGAUGGACAAAGCUGAUGAUUCUGGACUUGCUUCAUAUGUUGCUGGUCAAAUUGAUCGCACUCUAAGCUGGAAGGAUGUGAAGUGGCUUCAAACAAUCACUUCUCUGCCAAUUCUGGUGAAGGGUGUGCUGACUGCUGAGGACACAAGGAUAGCUGUACAAAGUGGUGCAGCAGGAAUUAUAGUGUCCAACCAUGGAGCCAGACAACUUGACUAUGUUCCAGCCACCAUAUCAGCAUUAGAAGAGGUUGUCAAAGCUGCUGAAGGUCGUAUUCCUGUAUUUUUGGAUGGUGGAGUUCGCCGUGGAACUGAUGUCUUCAAGGCAUUGGCACUAGGUGCCUCUGGCAUAUUUAUUGGACGCCCUGUGGUUUACUCCUUAGCUGCUGAAGGAGAAGCUGGUGUAAGAAAAGUGUUGCAGAUGCUACGUGAAGAGUUUGAGCUAACCAUGGCCUUGAGUGGUUGUCGUUCACUAAAAGAAAUCACUCGUGAUCACAUUGUGACUGAUUGGGACCAUCCUCGCAUUCAGCCUCGCGCCCGUGCGUUAUUGUAAAGAACUUGCUCUUCAUUUGAGCCAAGUUUGCAUAAUGCGGUGCAGAACAAUGGACAAACACUUCUAUAUAUUUUUCAUGAACCUGUUCUCAUCCUUUCUUUUCCUUUUUGGAGAACUCAUUUAAGGUUUCUGUUUGGAAAACUCUAUGCUCUCUUUGUAAGCCUUAUAUCAUGAUACUUUGUGACUACUGCUACUGCUGCAUUAUUCACUCCUUGUAUAUUCUUCAUUAUAAUUUUAUCAACUUUCUCUCCA